GCGGUGUGCCUCACUUGAUCCGCGGAGCAGAGGAGCGCAGCUUUACGCACAGCAUGUAGCUGAAAGUACAUCACACUGCGGUGCCGGAGUUUUGGGAUCUGAUUUUUUCUCUUCGGAGGAGACAUUUACAACAUUCGGAGCCGAACCACUGCUCGGGGUCACCAUGGAGAGCAAUAAGGGAUUACUGCGCUGUAAGAUCGUGGUGGUCGGCGAUACGCAGUGUGGCAAGACGGCUCUCCUUCACGUUUUUGCCAAAAACUCGUACCCGCAGGAUUAUAUUCCCACGGUGUUUGAGAAUUACACAGCCAGCUUCGAGAUCGACAAGCAGAGGAUCGAGCUCAACAUGUGGGACACUUCAGGUUCCGCCUACUAUGACAACGUGCGCCCGUUGGCGUUCCCCGACGCAGACGCCGUCCUCGUCUGCUUUGACAUCAGCCGUCCGGAGACAAUGAACAGCGUGCUGAAAAAGUGGCAAGGGGAGACGCAGGAGUUCUGUCCCAGCGCCAAAGUGGUGCUGGUCGGCUGCAAGUUGGACCUGCGGACGGACCUCAACGUCAUGAGAGAGCUCUCCAAGCACCGCCUCAUUCCUGUCACCCACGAACAGGGCACCACUUUGGCGAGGCAGCUCGGAGCCGCGGCCUACACGGAGUGCACCUCAAGGUACUCCGAGAACAGCGUGCGCGACGUCUUCCACGUCACCACCCUGGCGUCCGUGUCCCGCGUCCACCGGCCGCCGCUCAAGCGCCGCGGCUCGCGCCGGGGGCUCAAGCGCGUCUCCCAGCAACCGCCCCGGACUGAGAUCCACGAGCAGCAGCAGCAGCAGCAGCAGCCGCCCGCCGUCCGGAAGGACCGGGCCAAGAGCUGCGUGCUGAUGUAGGACCCCCGGACGGACGGACGGACGCUGCACGCGGACCUCAUCCAUCCGCGAAUCCCGGGUCAGACAUUUGCGCCGUACGAAGGACGGAGAGACUGGAAGCCAUGUGAUCUCGUGCGAGUUCUUUGACCAAGUGUUUGUCCGUCUUUAGCAAAACUCUCCUUGUUAUUUUUUACCCCCCGUGUGGCUUUGUUGUUAUUGAGGAGGAGGGGGGGGGGGGGGGGGUCAUUAAGGAUGGCGAGAGCUCAUUACUCUUUAACGCUUCAUACAGAGAUGGUCAUGGACACACACAGUACUGGUCAGGAAAUGAGAAAAACUGAACAUCGGAGACGAAACAGAAAGGAAAUAAUACUUUUUAAUUAGCCGGCUUCUGUUGUGUGGUUUCCUGUUUUGAAAUGCUGUUCUGUCUUAAAUGUUAAAUUAAAUGAAGCACAAUACAAUAGACACGACGUGUUCUCGGUUAUUAUUAAAUGUCAGGCAGUAAUCUGCCGUUCCACUUGGAAUAACAAGUCUCGCAGGGCGGACGCGCAUUUUCUUUAACCACAAGUGCUUUUAUUAUUGAAAAGUGAAUAAUCGCUCAGCACAUAGGACUGAAGUGUUGUGAAAUUAAAAGUAUCUCUAAUAAUCCACACUGGGAAGGAAAGUCGAAAGUGUUAUGUUGUAAAUGUGAUAAUGAAAUAAAAAAAAUGCUCUGUCGA